AUGUUGAUGCCAACAAAAAAUCGGAAAGCUAUUUAUGAGUAUUUGUUCAAAGAAGGUGUGUGUGUAGCGAAGAAAGAUUAUAAUUUGAAAACACAUCCGGACAUACCGAAUGUGACCAAUUUGGAGGUAAUUAAAGCCUGCAAGAGUCUUGCUUCACGGGAAUACGUCAAAGAACAGUUUGCUUGGCGCCAUCAUUAUUGGUAUUUGACAAAUGAGGGUAUUGAUUAUUUAAGGGAAUAUCUUCAUUUACCAGCUGAAAUUGUUCCAUCUACCGUCAAGGCCAAACAGCGAGAACCAAGGCCUGGGUUUGAGCGUAUGCCACGAGGACUGAAAGUAGAAAGCGAUAGAGAUGCAUAUCGAACAGCUGAAAAGGUAACCGAGGCAGGUCCAGGUGCAGCACCAGUAUCAGGUUAUCGAGGUGGAUAUGGUCGGGGUGCAGGAGCCCUACAAAGGGAUUUGUAUUUUACAGCAGUGAUGGAUGACCUCGGUCCGUCAUGCUCAGGGCGUGAGAAGCAUCAUUUGGAAACAUCAGAUGCAUCGUCGCUUUUCCUGCUGAAGGGUGAAUUAUAUCGGAAAAUUGGCGAACAGCGUCGAAAAGCUACUACGACUCCGGUGAGAACUUCCAAGAAGAGUGUUCUAUGGAUCGGCAAAGAAGAAGAGAAGAAAAUUGCAGAAGAGAAGCGGCAACGAGAAGCACGCAUUCGUGAUCUAGAAAAGUCGAUAGCACAAGAUGAAGAGCAGAGGAAACGAAUGCAAAAGAUAUUGGAAGAAAAAAGUGAAAUUUAUGCGCGUUUAUGCCAAGGCGAAGCAAUUUUAAACGGUGAUAAUGAGCCAGUGGAAUUCCUGGUAGAUUUCAAUGCAAAGAAACGUGACGAGGAGGAACAACAUUUGAAGGAUGCUGAAAAAGCAAAAAAUGAAGAAAGCGAAGCAGUACACUUCAAUCCAGACGAAGAACAGCGAGUUUACGGUGUUUCUCAUGUUCCACUUCCCGUCAGCGAAACUAAAAGGCAAGAACAAAUCCAGGAAUUACUGGAACUAAGUAAGAAAACUGAAGUUCAUCGGGCAAAAAGGAAGCAUUUAAUUGAAGAACGAGAAAAGAAGAAAUGGGAGCAAUUAAAUAGAAUCCGGAAGCGGAAAGGUAUGGAAGAAUUACUUCCACGAAGUUCUGAAGGAGAUAAUAAAGGGAAGUUUCUUGAUAUUCCUCUUCCUGAUGAACCACCAAUGGAAGUAUGCACAAAACAACCAGAACCAAAAAAAUUCAUUCCUGUUCGCGAGUGGGAUCGUGGAAAAGUGCUUUAUGAUAGGUGGAUCACAAAGCAGCGUGAUGAACGUGAUGAUGAAUUUGCACCGCCGUCGAGCUACUUCCGAUAG